GGAUAGAUGUUUUACUGGAAUAACCCAUAAUGUUUUCCUCCAUUUUUGUGAGCAGUAUAACAAAUAUUAAGAUAUGAUAAAUAUUGUAAAUAUUAUAAAUUUAUAAUUUGACACCAGGUGGGGCCUCAGUCCUGUGGUAAGACCAGCUUGGUCCAGCUACUGUCCAGUUUGACCGGCCAUCACCUACAUGUUCUAGCAAUGAACUGUUCCAUGGACACCACAGAACUACUGGGCAGAUUUGAAGAGGCAGAUAUCCAGAACCAUGUAGAGAAACUCGUCUACACAACCGAAUCUGUUGUCUUGGAUACCACCAUCCUGCUUCUCCAAGGUCAACAUGUCAGUAUGGCAGGGAGGCUGCAACAAUCCUGGAACAGCUUCAGGCAGUGUGAAGAUGCGGAGUUUGGAAUGAAACUGUCGAGUGUAGAAGAGCUAGAAUCUGUCAAGGUCAAGGUCACAUGUCUGACAGAGGUCAUAAGUGACAUUAAGCAGUCUCUCCAGACUCAGACAUCUGAUAAAGGAGCCGAAUUUCUGAAGACAGUAACAGACUUGGAGUCAGAGGUGACCUCCAAGUUAACGCUGACCUAUGUAGGGUCAGGCAGCGGGGCAUUUAAGUGGGCUGACAGCGUGCUGGUACAGGCAUUACAGGCCGGUCACUGGCUACUUAUCGACAAUGUCAACUUCUGCAGUGCCAACCCACGCGUGUAUGACCGAUAUCGGACCCACAGACUCGGAGUGACAAGUAGUAAACGAUGAAGUAUGUAAGUAAGAUUUCAGUACUGGGGAUUUUAGGUAUU